GACAAAAGGGAAGUCACAUGGAGAGGAGCUGAAGCUCACAUGACUGUCAGAACUAUGGAAGGCGACAUCAGUGAAGGUUCAGUUCCCCCGUAUUACAGAGAAGUUUAUGAAGCACUAUGCAGUAAGAAAGAUGAACGAGUGCAAGGAGAUGUUUUUCAAAGGCUGUUGAGCAAGACAGAUCUUCCCUGUGCUGUACAGAACCAGGUUGCUGAACACGUGGAAUUUAAGGAUGGGUUCCUGUCAAAGGUGUCCCUUUAUAAAGCGCUUGCUCUGAUUGCACUGGCUCAGCAAGGAAAGCAGCCCAGCCCAAAACUACUGGAGAACUACAUUCAAGAUUUUCCCAAGCCUGAGCUGGGCGACCUGAAGGAGCUGCAGGUGCUCAGGAUGCAGUCCAGCACGGAAAACCCCCUGGUCCUCUCGCUCAGCUUGACCCAGCUGCUGGGCCGGGACGUAGUGCAGGUGGAGCUCAUCCCCGAGAAGAAGGGCCUGUUCCUCAAGCACGUUGAGUAUGAGGUGACCAGUCAGCGAUUCCACACAUCUGUCUAUCGGCGAUACAGCGAUUUCGAUGUUUUCCAUGAACUUCUGCUGCAGAGGUUUGCCUACAGGAUGGUGCCAGCUCUCCCACCUAAAAGGAUGCUAAAAGGAGUCUUGACGUCUACCUCUGAGCGAGAAUUUAUUGAGGGCAGGCGCCGUGCUCUCCGGAGGUUCAUUAACUUGGUGGCGAGGCACCCUUUCUUCUCUGAGGAUGAUCUCGUAAAGACCUUCCUGACUUUCAGUGGUUCGGAUGUGCAAAACAAACUGCGAGAGUCGUUUAAGAAAAGGGGGGAUGAAUUCAUGACUUGUAAAAUAGCCACACGGGCCAAGGAGCACCUGCCAGCCGACAUCCAGGCUCAGUUUGCAGUCAGCAGGGAGCUGAUCCGGAAUAUUUCGAGCAGUUUCCAGAGGCUGCGCGACCGGGCGGAGAGGAUGGCUGUGCGCUCCAUCGAAAACGCCACCGACCUGCUCAUGUUUGGCAGGGACCUGAGUGCGCUGGGCUCGGAUUCCGCGCCAGUCCCAAAGCUUGGCUCAGCCAGCAACACUUGGGGAGCCCUGCGACAGUCCCUGAAAGGGCUGUCUGUGGAAUUUGCUGUGCUUGCUGACAAAGCAGCGCAACAGGGGAAAAGAGAAGAAGAUGAUGUGGUGGAAAAACUGAAUCUGUUCUUGGAUCUACUGCAGUCAUACAAAGACCUGUGUGAGAGGCACGAGAAGGGAGUUUUGCACGACCACCACCGGGCGCUGCAGAAAUACAGCGUGAUGAAGAGGCAGAUGAUGACCGCCACGGUGCAGACCAAAGAGCAGGUGUCUGUGGAACAGCUGGAGUCCCGCAUUGUGCAGCAAGAGAACGCCAUUCUGACAAUGGAGCUCCGGAACUAUUUCUCCUUAUUUUGCCUUCACCAAGAGACGCAACUGAUAUACACCUACCUUCCCAUCACGUCCAGUAUCCUGGCAGCAUUCGUCAGCUCCCAGAUCCAGGGGCACAAGGAGAUGAGUGAGAUCUGGAAUGACCUCCAGCCCAAGCUGAAUUGUCUGUUUGGGGGAUCCAAUGGUGCACCAUCUCCCCCUUUGACACCUCACCGAGGAGACUGGAAGGUACCCGCUGCCUUCUGCACUAAUUAGCUGAGCAAGAAUAACAAAGAAGCUGCACGAGUCAGCCUGGCUGUCCACUGUAAGGCUUGUGUGGAGGAGACUGUUGGAUGUGCACAGCCAAGCAUGGGAGAAAAUAAUGUUUGACCAAAGACACUAAUGAUAAAAAGAACAGUAUAAUGAUUCCCCCCCCAUUUUGUACACUUAUUAAAAAAUAGCACAUUUCUCCUGAAAGCACACAGUAUUCAUGACUCAGUAUGUUAAAUUUCUCACCAGGUCAGAGAAUAAGCUGAAUACAAUACGUAAAGCAUGAAGUGCAGCAAUAAAGCUGCAUCUUUUCUCUUGGCAAAUAAAAGUAUGGAUUUGUACAGAAGAACUAGCCUCUGUAUUUAAAAAGGGUCAGUUGUAUAGUUCUUUGGGAAUUUCUACAUCAUUUUCAUGAUAAUGGGGUAAUUUGAUAUUUGAAUGCAGGCUUAUAAUAUACAAACUGAUAUCCAAAAGAUUACCUGCUUUGCUUCUGAAAUGAAAAAGAAUAAAUUCAUAAAAUUUAAGGUGCUGCUCACAGCUUGUAGAAGUGAGGUGGCUUUCUAAAUCUGCAAAGAAAAACAAAAUCCAAGUUUAAUUCAAAGUUGUGUACAUAUUUUUAAAUAGUGUAAUUAAAUUUGUACUUCAGUAUAGUUCACAAAUUGUAAAUAUUAUUUAGGUAAUAACUUUUGAUUUAAUUGUGAUUUUCUAGGAAAAGAUUUUUCAAAAAUAUUUUUUAUUAGCCAAAACACAGCUGAAACUGCCCUGGACCACAGAUACUUUGAUAAAACUUCUAGUGUGUUGUACUGUUUUUAGGCAGAAGAUGGCAGCAUGUUGUAGUGAAAAAGCUCAUUAAGCCUCUCUAUUCCCAAAUCCUAUCUCUUGGUUGAAAGGAUAGGAGCACUAAACAAGGCAUCGUGGACAGCAAUGAGUAAGGUGACCCCAAAUCUUCCCUGAGUGGGGGGUGAACCCAAGGGUGCAUGGUUAUCCUGCAUGGUUAAUCUGCAGGAUAGAUAUAAUGAAGUAAAUGAUAAUAAAAAGAAUAGAGAUUGUUUUAUAUUAAACAAUUAACCUUUCACUCUAGUUUUCCCUUGAAUUCUAGUUUACUGUCUGCAACACGUGUUGAAUGCAGAAAUGUUUUAAGACUGUUUUCAAUACUGUGCAGAUUUUGUAUUGUUUUAUAUCAAGUCUCCAAUUUAAUGAGUGUGCGUCUGGUCACACUGCAAAGUGUUAAGCAGUACUUUUAAAUCUAUUUGUUUCACAAGAUUGUCUACGUUAUAUGUAUUUUGUCCUCCGUGUGAAUGCAAAACAUACAUUCAUAUGUGACUCAGUACAAAACUGAGUCAUUUUUGUCGAUGAGAAUUCCAAAAUCUGUAUUUGAUGAUUCUAGCAGAAACUCAUUAGACACUACUAAUAGUGACUGUUUCUUUAGCUUCUGUUAUUUUGAAGUAGUGUUCUCUUUAGGACUUUUAAAACUGUGAAAAGCUAUUUCAAGAGCAACCCUUGAGCCAGGAGUUCUAUAUUUUAUUGUAUAAUACAAAAUAUCGCGUAGAAGGCUUUUGUAAUAUAUAAUUAGUAUAUAUGUAUCUAAAAGGAUUGCACAUCUAAACAUUCCAUGUUGAAGAAAAGCUAUGAAUUUUAACAAUCCUGUUUACAUUUGAUUGUCUACAACAUCGGCUAUGAAACACCAAAGAAACCUAACACAUUUGCACUCACCUCUACAGAUAUAAGUAGAUAGAUAUGCAGGGACAGUUGCUGAAUUGUAAUUUAUAUGAUAUAAAUAAUAUAUCAAAUUAAGCUUUUUUCAAAGGCCAAUGAGAUGCCUUUUUUGCUUGCAAAAGGCUAAAUGUAUUAUGUACAGUAUGUAAGGUUUAUUAGGACACACUCCAUGCGAAUGGCAUGUUCUGUAUAACUGGUAUUUGCAAAGGCUACCUUACAUGCAAAUUAUUGAAAUCAACAACUCUGAGAUUAAGUGCUUAAAAGAUCUGUUUGAACUUUACCUAGGACAUUUAUACUGCUGUUUACAAUAUAUGUUGUGCCUUAAAAGCCAUAAA